CCACCCACUCAAAAAAAAAAAAAAAAAAAAACCCUGUGGCGCGCCGCCUGCUCCCGGGAAGACUCGCCCGCUCCGGGGGGCGGGGGCGCCGAGCCGAGAGCUGCGGAGAGCGCCGAGCAGGAUGGACAUGAUGCUCUUGGUCCAGGGCGCUUGUUGCUCGAACCAGUGGCUGGCGGCGGUGCUGCUCAGCCUGUGCUGCCUGCUGCCCUCGUGCCUCCCGGCCGGACAGAGCGUGGACUUCCCCUGGGCGUCCGUGGACAACCUGAUGGUCAGAAAAGGGGACACGGCGGUGCUUAGGUGUUAUUUGGAAGAUGGAGCUUCAAAGGGUGCCUGGCUGAACCGGUCAAGUAUUAUCUUUGCUGGAGGUGAUAAGUGGUCAGUGGAUCCUCGGGUUUCAAUUUCAACAUUGAAUAAAAGAGAUUACAGCCUCCAAAUACAGAAUGUAGAUGUGACGGACGAUGGCCCCUACACGUGUUCUGUUCAGACUCAGCAUACGCCGAGAACAAUGCAGGUGCAUCUAACUGUGCAAGUUCCCCCGAAGAUAUAUGACAUCUCUAACGACAUGACCAUCAACGAAGGGACCAAUGUCACCCUCACUUGUUUGGCCACUGGGAAGCCAGAGCCUUCCAUCUCUUGGCGACACAUCUCACCAUCAGCAAAACCAUUUGACAGUGGACAAUAUUUGGACAUUUACUCAAUUACAAGGGACCAGGCUGGGGAAUACGAAUGCAGUGCAGAAAAUGAUGUGUCCUUCCCCGACGUGAAGAAAGUAAAAAUUGUCGUAAACUUUGCUCCUACGAUUCAGGAAAUUAAAUCUGGCACUGUGACCCCCGGACGCAGUGGAUUGAUAAGAUGCGAAGGUGCAGGUGUGCCGCCUCCGGCCUUUGAAUGGUACAAAGGAGAGAAGAAGCUCUUCAAUGGCCAACAAGGAAUUAUUAUUCAAAAUUUUAGCACAAGAUCCAUUCUCACUGUCACCAACGUGACACAGGAGCACUUCGGCAACUAUACAUGUGUGGCCGCCAACAAGCUGGGCACGACCAACGCUAGCCUGCCUCUUAAUCCUCCAAGUACAGCCCAGUACGGAAUUACCGGGAGCGCUGACGUUCUUUUCUCCUGCUGGUACCUUGUGUUGACACUGUCCUCUUUCACCAGCAUAUUCUACCUGAAGAAUGCCAUUCUACAAUAAAUUUAAAGACCCAUAAAAGGCUUUUAAGGAUUCUCUGAAAGUGCUGAUGGCUGGAUCCAAUCUGGUACAGUUUGUUAAAAGCAGCGUGGGAUAUAAUCAGCAGUGCUUACAUGGUGAUGAUCGCCUUCUGUAGAAUUGCUCAUUAUGUAAAUACUUUAAUUCUACUCUUUUUUUGAUUAGCUACAUUACCUUGUGAAGCAGUACACAUUGUCCUUUUUUUUAAGACGUGAAAGCUCUGAAAUUACUUUUAGAGGAUAUUAAUUGUGAUUUCAUGUUUGUAAUCUACAACUUUUCAAAAGCAUUCAGUCAUGGUCUGCUAGGUUGCAGGCUGUAGUUUACAAAAACGAAUAUUGCAGUGAAUAUGUGAUUCUUUAAGGCUGCAAUACAAGCAUUUUGUUCCCUGUUUCAAUGAGAGUCAAUUCACAUUUACAAAGAUGCAUUUCUUUCUUUUUUGAUAAAAAAGUAAAUAAUAUUGCCUUCAGAUCAUUUCUUCAAAAUAUAACACAUAUCUAGAUUUUUCUGCUCGCAUGAUAUUCAGGUUUCAGGAAUGAGCCUUGUAAUAUAACUGGCUGUGCAGCUCUGCUUCUCCUUCCUGUAAGUUCAGCAUGGGUGUGCCUUCAUAAAACAAUAUUUUCUCUUUGUCUCCAACUCAUACAAAGUGUUUUGCUAAAUCUUACAGUUUGGGAACCAAACUAAACCCUAAUGAUAGAAUUGCACAUGACCCUAUCUCUAAGGAGCUAUUGGACGAUAUUCUUUGGUAAUCAGUAGGGUUUGAGAAUUUUGCCCGAAAGUAACUUAGUUUUUGUGAUUAAAAAUAGUUUAACAACAGAGUGAAGUAAAUGUACCAUAUGAGUUUUUUUAGUUAAUAUAAAAUAUUAUAUCAAUACUGGGAAAUAAUUCUCAUUAAAAGUGACAGCGCAGCUUGCUCAAGGGAUUGCCUAGCAAGACGGGAUCCUUUUCUCUCAUUGUUCUAAGCCAACAUUUUUAAGAGGGCUGUCAGAAAGAACAGAAAGUCCUAUCAUCUAAUAUUAUACGAGUUGGUAAGUGCUCAAAAUUAAUUUGGUUUUGUGAUAGGUAAGUAAAUAUGACAGAGAUAGCGCUUCUACAGACAGAAGCAUUUUGCAUAUUUUCUGCCUGAGAACGUCACUGACUUGAUAGUUGAGAAUGCAUGUUACUUAAGAAGUUCCAAAAUAUAACAAGUAUUUUAUAUUAGUAUUCAUCAGAUCAGUCCCUGAAGUAACUAAUUCUUUGAUGAAACCCUUUCUCUAUAGCUCAAACAAAUGAAGCCCUCAAAAUUACCAUGCUUUCUAUCUUCUUACAUGAUAUUCUAUAAGAUAUGAUCAAAGAUACCAGUGAUGAGAUUAUCUUAAGAUCUUUUAAUUAUGAAAUCAUUGUGAGUAUUCAAAAUGUUUUUCUACUUUAAAGAAUGACAACCACAUUUUUGAAGGAAAAUGCUGUUCGUCUAGCUAUAUCUUACAGGAAUAGGCUGACAGUUUCACUCUUUCCCAAAGAGAAACCACAGCCUUGAAAGCCAUUUUACAGGUUGGAAGAAGUUGCCAACUUUAGCACACCUAUAUUUCUACAAUCAUCUUUUGUAAGUCAUACAAAAACAAAGAUUCUACUAAAAAUGUUAGAUACAAGACGUUUUAGAGAGGUUACACAUGUUUAAGAUAGCUACUACUUUGCCCUAGAAGGGAUGGCUUAAAAAUUGUGAUUUUUUUAAAAAUUCCAAUAAAAUAUAGACACAACGUACACCAUAAAUCUGUUUUAAUUAGAAAAAUAAAUCAUAAAUGAGGGAACAUAAAUACACAGUCUUCCCACAAAAUGGCAAUAAUAUGACCUAAUGCUAAUAAAUUUACUAGCUGUAAUAAAUUCAGCACAUUUUGAUGGAUUUAUUAAAAUGGGUUCUUAAAACUAUGACACUUAAAUUUAUUGUGUAUUUGUCUUUCAAAAAUAUAUUCUUUGUGGAAUUGGUGAGUAAACUACAAAAUAUUUUCUUUGUAUUGCAGCUUUAAAGUGGCACACUCCGUAAUAAUCUACUUACUAGAAAUAGUGGUGCUACCACAAAAGUGUUAACCAUCUGUACCAUCGUUUGAGAGAAAGAAACAGAUCAAGAAUGCAUAUUAUACAGUGACCAUUUUCCUAGAGUUAAAAAUACCUCCUCGUUGUAUGGUUUGUAGGGUACAUGUGAGGUAAAAUGAGGUAUAAACUAUGGAUGAACCAAAUAAUUAGUUCAAAGUGUUGUCAUGAUUCCGAAUUUGUGGAGUCCGGUGUUUUUCCCAUAGAACGUGAGAAGUACAGUCAUAGCUCAGUAGCUAUAUGUAUUUGCCUUUAUGUUAGAAGAGACUUUCUUGAGUGACAUUUUUAAAUAGAGGAGGUAUUCACUAUGUUUUUCUGUAUCACGGCAGCAUUCCUAGUCCUUAGGCCCCUGGACAGGGUGAAAUCAUGAGUAUUUAUGAGUUCAAUAUUGUUCAAAUAAGACUACAGUAUUUGCUUUUUGUGUGAAUGUAUUGCAUAUAAUGUUCAAGUAGAUGAUUUUACAUUUAUGGACAUAUGAAAUGUCUGAUUACUCCAUUUUAUCAGUCCUGACUGUACAAGAUUGUUGCAAUUUCAGCAUAGCAGUUUUAUAACAUUGAUUUAUCCUUCAAUCUAUGACAAUUUUUUUUAGCUCUUCAUUUUAGCAUUAUAUUUUCCACAAGUUCCAUUUGUGGGAUUUCUUUUGUUGCCCCUAAUUUCUUUCAAAGAAAGCUGAAAGGAAAAUAAAGAGCAGUUGUGAGAGGAGAGAGGAAGACACAGAGAUGGAAAGG